UGCCGGAUUUCAUUGAGCUGCGCGUCUCUGUGUUCUCUGACCUUAGAGCUGUGAAAUAAUGUCCGUUUCUACCAAACUUUCGGACCUGAUCGUGUUUGUUACUCACUGAAGACUGGAAAUUAAAUAGCCGAAGAGUACUCGAGCGUCUCCAGGGAGAGCAUUUAGUCUCAUCUGAAUUGUGGGUUCCAGAUUUGGCGAUGGAUUUGGCUUUGGUUCUCCUGUCCGUCUCACUGUCCAGCGUGUGCGUUUCACUGUCCAGAGCAGAGAGACACAGCGUUUUCUGGAAUAGCACCAACCCAAAGUUUCAGGAGGACAGCUACACGGUGGAGGUGCAUCUGAACGACUACCUGGACAUCGUGUGUCCACAUUACCCCCUGGGCACGGUGCCGUCUCAGGAGGCCGAGCGCUACGUGCUGUACAUGGUGGAGCGCGAGGACUACGCAGCGUGCAGGCCGCAGUCCUACGAGCAGAUGCGCUGGGAGUGCGGUCAGCCGUUUGCUCCGCACGCGCCAGAAAAGUUCUCAGAGAAGUUCCAACGGUUCACACCCUUUACCCUGGGCAAGGAGUUCCGUCCUGGCCAGAGCUACUACUAUAUCUCCAAACCGCUGCACCACCAUGGACAGGAGUGCCUGAAGCUGCGAGUGGACGUCGUGGCUAACGAUGGAUCGCAAGAGGCCAGAGUCGGACCGGGGAAAGGAAGCGGAGGAGGCGUGCACACGACCUCGAACCGCUUACCAGCAGACGAACCGGUCGUGAUGCCAGAUGUUCAGAAAAGUACUCGAACAAACUCCGCAGUCAGACCAGUAUUUUGGACCGUCCUUACAAUCCUGCUCCCUUUAUUACUACUGCUGGUUUUACAGUAAGAACAUUUUAAAGCACUACAGUGGUCCAAGAAUGAGAUGAAGGCGGCAUGUGUCCAUCAAAACACCCAGAAGGAGCUCUCAGAAACCCAGCGCUGGCCACUGGGGGAAGGAACAGAAGAGCCGUCUGAUGCUGUUUUGGUUUUCAGAGACACCAAAGUCGCUCUCCUAAUCUGCUUCCUGAAAGGAUGCUUUAUGUGAAGAGAGAUGUUUUUUUUGCUCAAAGCAUACUUUUUCACCAACCUUAAGUAAAAGCGCUCUGUAGUUGGAGGGACGAUAAACGAUGAGGAUUCAGUGUUGUGGGCUCUUUGACCAAACCAAGGCAACAUUCUGUAAGUGUGUAAAGGACACAGAGCAGAAUCUAAUGAACCAAAGAUCACAGAACUCAUCACUAAAGCCUGCGAGGGUUUUGUUGUUGUUUUCAAGUUAUUUCUUCAUGUAGCAGUAAAGAAGCACAAGCUGUUUUUAGUUGACCAAAUCAACUGGAAUUGUAUGAUUUACUAUCUCACACACACACACACACACACUACAGAUGUGCCAUACACGUAUUGUAGCAUUCAUUCAUUCACACACAACCUGUUUUGUUGUUGUACAUGUUUUAUUUGAAGAGAUCUUAAGUUAUUAAGUCUGCUGUUGAAUGAAUAGUUGUGUAUAAAGAGCAAAAGAUCCAGUUUAUACUUUGUGAAACAAAAAAAAGAAAAAAGCAGAGAGAGAGAGCGAGUGUGAGAGAGCGCGAGAGAGAGAGCGAGCGAGUGUGAGAGAGAGAAUGUGAGAGCGAACGAGAGAGCGAGUGUGAGAGAGAGCGAGAGAGAGAGCGAGCGAGUGUGAGAGAGAGAGAAUGUGAGAGCGAACGAGCGAGCGAGUGUGAGAGAGAGAGCGAGCGAGUGUGAGAGAGAGAGAGCGCGCAAGUGUGAGAGAGAGAGAACGUGAGAGCGAACGAACGAGCGAGCAAGCGAGUGUGUGUGUUAGAGAGAGAGAAUGUGAGAGCGAACGAGCGAGUGUGUGUGUGUGAGAGAGAGAGAGCGCGAGCGAGCGAGAGAGAGAGGAUUGAGAGUUUGCUAGUUUAGCCUGUCCCCAGCCUGUUCAUUAUUAGUGGAGUGUAAAAGCCUUUCUGCUUUUUUCUCUUCUGGUCAUCAAACUGAUUUCAUAUCUCUGGAGUUUCUGACAUCAGUUAAUAAUAAUAAUAAUAAUAAUAAUAAUAAUAAUAAUAAUAAUAAUAAUAAUAAUA